UUGCCGUGGCAGCGGGGCGGCGGAGCGGGGCAGGAAAAUUCAUGUGAGAAAGCCACCACCAGGUCCUUGUGACUGGACACCAUGCCUCUUCCAGAAACCAUGUUCUGUGCUCAGCAGAUCAAAAUACCUCCAGAGCUUCCUGAUAUUUUGAAGCAAUUUACUAAAGCUGCUAUUAGGACUCAGCCUUUUGAUGUUUUGCAGUGGGCAGCUGCGUAUUUUUCAGCCUUGUCUAAAGGUGAACCCCUUCCUGUGAAGGAGAGACUCGAAAUGCCAUUAACAACAGGGAAAAAAGAUGCUGGUUUGACCCCAGGACUCCUUAAGAUCUUGCACAAACAGCUUUCUUCCAAAGGCAUGGUGACCAUUGCAGAACUAAGGGAAAAAUGGAAGCAUUUGGGCUUGCCAGAGGAGCAGCUGGAAGCUAUCCUGCAAUUGGACAGUUUUGGCAAGCAGGUGGAAUGGAUGAAGUUUCUGGCACUUGGGUGCAGCAUGCUUGGUGGGUCCUUACUGAGUUCAAUGAAACAGGCCUGUGAGAUCCUAACAAGAGACCCAGAAGGUGGUGCAGCUCGAAUUCCCUUUGAAACAUUCUCAUUCCUUUAUUCGUAUUUGGCCAGUAUUGAUGGAGAGAUAUCAGAGACGGAAACUAAUGCAUUCCUCGAUGGAAUUAAAAAACAAGCGGAGAAACACUCUGGCAUGGUGCUGAUCAGACACUUCCUGCCAUACUCCUUCAUAUUUUAUUGAUCAGUCCAACUCUUCAGCAUGAGUCUCUGUCUUUGCCUCUCUCCCGACUCCUCCUUCGUUUACUUGGACUCCUGCUGGUGUCUCUCCUGUGUCUCAUGCACUCCGUAUCCUUACUGCUUCCUCCAGACUGCCGUGAGUCCACCGAAGCUGACCGCC